UUCAAGAGCCUUCUCGUAAUUCCUCACCAAGAUGUCUUUUCCGGGCCUUUCCCUCAAUCCGGGUAACGUAGUGGGCAAAGCCCUAAAGCGUAGUGAUGAAAAGAAGAAUUGGCCCUUGGACGUGGCAAAGGUGCCCAUCCCGUUCUGGGACACCGGCGUCUUCUUGACCGAGCUGUCUAAUCUGAAUCACCUUCCAGCCAAGAUGUCGCUGACGUCUGAGGAUCGAGAGACACUUCGACACAAUCCCGAAGCACUGUUCGCAAAGGCCGAUGCCAAUGCCCCGGAUAAGUUGAAGGAGGGAACGGUCAGGGGCACACAGCUGGCCUUGACGAAGGUGUAUCAGCUCAUUGAGAAGAGCUACGAGUCUUUCAUGGACGCGGCCAAUUUUGAGCCGUCCUUCCCGCACUACAUGACGAUCGAACAGAAGCGAGCACGAUUUGAGUUCACAGACCCUACUACAGAUGGCUAUCCACCGCAUCUCAAUCUCGGAGCCGCCAACAAGGAAUGGUCCGAUGCCACUCCGGGAUCCAACCAAAAGACGACGCUCAAGGAACCCGAUCUGUUCAGUGCGAUGAGGCUUGCACAGUUGACCGCCCUAUUGCCAUCGUUGGUCCCAGACACGUUCAUUGACCAUGCUAAAGCAGGAGUAGGCCAAUUUGUCAGCAGGGCGCUUUUUGGAGGGAUGGGAAGACCCGAUGAGGGAAAUACGCUCGCUGAUGUCGAAAAUUAUCAAACGGCGCAGAGAAAGAAGGACGGAGGUUUUUUCGACAGAAACGACAUCUUCAAUCUGCCCAACAUAGGAGACAUCAAGGACUGGUACUCCGACCGACGCUUUGCUCAGCAGUUCUUUACAGGGACCAAUCCCACGACCAUCGAACUGGCAUCAGACCGCUGGAUUGAACACUUCAUUCACGCCGCCACAGACAGCCCAGGGGACCAGAAGAUGAAGAAGAAGAUUCAAGAUCUUUCAUCCAAGGAUCGAACUUCGUUGUACGUGCAGGACUACAGCUACUUUCGCAAAGCUGCAGGAAUGCAGGAAGGCGAAGAGAUCUUCUGCGAGUUCGAGGAAACGUACAAAUCCGGCCUUGGAACGAAAAAGGCAAUCCACAAAAGAUACGGCAUGGGUUCCGUCUGUCUGUUUCAUCUGCAUCCAGACGGACAGCUUCGACCACUCGCAAUCGUGCUAGACUGGCUCGGUAGUGCAGAGAAAUCCGUCACUAUCUACAACAAGGAGCUGAGCCUCUCUGACCAGAGGACCGACUGGCCUUGGAGAUAUGCGAAGACCUGUGUGCAGACGUCAGACUGGCUUCGGCAUGAGGUCACAGUUCACUUGACCCUCACCCAUCUCAUCGAAGAAGCAACCAUCGUUGGCGCAAAUCGGUCCUUCGAGGAUGGCCACCCCGUGCUUCAGCUCUUGUACCCUCACUGGCAGAAGACCUUGUCCGUCAACGCCGGAGCAAGAGCCACUUUGAUCCCCAAGGUGAUCAUCGACCUCGUCGGGCUCACCACCGAGCAGGCGAAGCAGUUCAUUCGCUCAGAGUACGAAACCUUCGACUUCAAGGGGAGAUACGUUCCCCUCGAUCUCGAACGACGAGGCUUCCCGACCGCAAAGCGAGACGAGCCAAAGUACCAGCAGUACGCCUACGCACGCUGCAUUUACAGCAUGUGGUUCAAGAUCCGAUCCUUCGUGGAAGAGAUGCUUGCCUUGCAUUACGGCUCUGGCGCGACUGCAGACAAGGCCGUUGCUGGCGACAAGUGCGUCCAAGACUGGGCCACAAUCAUGCAAGCUCCUACAAGUCCCAACGGCCAAGGCGGCGCCAACAUCAAAUCGUUCCCGACAAUCUCCACUUUCGUCGAGCUGGUAGACGCCGUCACGAUGUGCAUUCAUUUGGCAUCUCCGCAGCACACGGCUGUCAAUUACUUGCAGAACUACUAUCAAUCAUUCGUGGUGAACAAGCCUCCUUGUCUUUACAGACCACUGCCGACGUCGCGCGAGGAGCUGGACCACUACAAGGAACAGAAUCUUGUGGACGCUCUUCCGAUGAACCAUCCGCGCGAAUGGCUGCUCGCCUCUCACAUCCCCUACCUCCUCAGCGCCAAGCCCGGCGACAAGGAGAGUCUAAUCAUCUACGCCGCGAGCAAGUACAACGUGUACAAAGAGAAACACGGCAAGAACGAUCAGGCGAUCAAAGAGGCUGCCGCGAAAUUCUACCAGAAAUUGGCAGAGAGUGAGGCGGAGUUCGACAAGAUUGCGGAUGACUGCUGGGAUGCUGACGAUGUACACUAUGAUGUGCUGAGUCCGACUUGGAAUGCGGUCAGUAUCGUCAUCUAG